CGCUCCAAAAUCUCCAAAAUGAAUGGUUGAAACAAUGGUAGGUUGUACCACACACUCGUGCAGUCGUGCUCGUGCAUCCCAAUUUAUGAAGCGCGUUUGGUGCUCCAUAUGUGCAUUGCGUCGCGCCACCCGUCGUCCGGGCCAGAGCGAGCAACAUGGGCAAGUUCUCGCCGUGCGCGGCCGCCUCGCUCCUCCUCCUCCUCCUCCUCGUCCUCAUCCUAGUCUCGUCGUCGGAGCCAGCGGCGUCCGCUUUCUCCGUCCCCGCCCGGCGCUACGGCUCCAUCUUCAGCUUCGGCGACUCCUACGCCGACACCGGGAACGGCCCCGUCGUCUUCAGCUGGUACUCACUCGUCAACCCCGUGAUGCGGCCGCCCUACGGCUCCACCUUCUUCGGCCGCCCGACCGGCCGCAACUGCAACGGCCGCCUCGCCAUCGACUUCAUCGCUGAAAGCCUGGGCCUGCCGCUCGUCCCGCCUGUCCUGGCGCACAACGGGACCUUCCGCCGCGGCGCCAACUUCGCCGUCGGGGGCGCCACCGCCCUCGACGCCAGCUUCUUCCAUCACGGCGAGGCCCCCGGCGCCAGCAAGUUCCCUCUCAACACCAGCUUAGGCGUGCAGCUGCAGUGGUUCGAGUCGCUCAAGCCCUCGCUCUGCGGCACCACCCAAGAGUGCAAGGAGUUCUUCGGCGGCAGAUCGCUCUUCUUCGUGGGCGCAUUCGGGGUCAACGACUACCUCCUCUCCUUGGGCGGGAAGAGCGUCCAGCAAGUCAGAUCACUCGUUCCUGAGGUCAUCAGGACCAUCUCCAUGGCCGUCGAGAGGUUGAUCACGCACGGGGCGACGAGUUUGGUGGUUCCCGGGGUGAUUCCGGUGGGAUGCGCGCCGCCAGUCCUCGUCACGUUCGCCGACGCCGACCCGGCAGGCUACGACCCGCGCACAGGGUGCCUGAAAGCGAUCAACGAGCUAGCCGCUCAUCACAACUCGUUGCUCCAGGAGGCCAUUGACGAGCUCCGGGCCAAGCACCCGGAUGUCAAGCUCAUCUACACCGAUUUCUUCAGCCCCGUCAUGGAGAUGGUGACGUCGCCUGGCAAAUUUGGAUUUGAAGAUGUUCUUACACUUUGCUGUGGAGGCCCUGGGAGGUACAACUACAACAAGACGGUUUUUUGCGGCGAUCCCGGUGCGAUCACGUGCAAGGACCCAUCUGCUCGUUUGUUCUGGGAUGGUGUCCACUUGACGGAGGCGGCCUACCGGUACAUCGCCGCCGGCUGGCUGAGCACCAUGAAUUCGCCUCUUGGUGGUACAGGCAAGGACGCAACCAAGGGCUUCCCGUGCUAGAGGGUGCUGAAAGCAACCGAAAGGCUCACGUUACAGCUUGAAUUGAAGCAUUAUAACACCACCUUGCAUAACCUCCUGUGUGAGAUAGAUUCUCAAUUUUUUUUAGAACGCUGCUAUGCAUACGAUGAAAUCGUCCGACUGUAUUUCAAAGAAGACCUUGGAACCAAAUAGACUACAAGGCCCAACCCA